AUGCAGGUCCGCUGCGACCGAGGCAACCCAUGUGGCAACUGCCAGGAUACAAAGUCAACCUGCAGUCGCGACAGAACAGUCCGACGCAUCCGAAAAUGCGUGUCUCGACAGCAAAGGGAACGCAGUCGCAGUUUACGCCUGCAAUCCGUUCCUGAGACGGGGGUAGAUGAAGCAGAAGCCUCACUGGUUGAGAGAGUUGUAUCAAGCAAUUCACCAAAGAGCAAUGUAGACGAGGUCUACGGAGCUAUCUCUCGAGGUCCUCUAUACGAUGCGCAGUUUACCAUCCAGCAUCAAUUGAAACGUCUACAAGGUCUUACUUUGGAUCGACGGCAAGUGUUAGAGUCAGCGCUUUGUGUACCAAGGCAGCUUUUGGAUGAUUUUGGAGACUCGGCACAUCCAAAUGGAACUAGCUAUCAGAUUGAAGAGCAGCCCAGGGUUCCUUCAGCUGAGUUGUUAGCCUGGAUGCUGAAAGACAUUGAAAGCGACAGAUUUGGACCAUAUGUUGCCGACUACUUCCGACAUAUAUCAAAAGCAACGUUAAAGCAUAUGGGACUGUCACUUCUUCGAAAAGAAGCAUCACCGCAUGACUCUACGCUUUAUACUGUCUGCUUCAAUGCUAUGGCUUUCAAAUUCCAUACCACGACUAUGAACAUGGACAACGAUAGUGAUUUACUUCCCGAACUACAGCAGAGUGCGCUACAGUAUCGAGAAACAGCACAGGCGGCAUUGCAAAAGAUUCCUAUGUUGAUACCACCGUCUCUUGCGCUUUUACAGGCACUCUUAUGUGGUAUAUUUCUCCAUCAAGGAUCAGGAAAUGCCAGCUUAUGCUGGGAGCUCACCAAAUCUGCCUGUCGAACCUGCAUUGAUAUUGGUCUUGACACAAUUGUUCUCCAAGGAAAAGCUACAGAGGAAGAAUACUACUGCUUCAUGUGGUGUUACAUGCUCGAUCGAAAUUAUGUCUUCAAGCUAGGGCGAACCCGUUGCUUUCUCGAUAUUCAACUACCAUCUGAUACGUCUGUCAAUCACCGACCCAUGGGAGAGCUUUUGCAAAUAUACGUGGAUCUAGCAAGGGUACAGGCUGCUGUAAUCCCAUAUCUACAGAGUCAGUCGGGAAGUGAAGAUGCAUCGCUGCACGCUUUUAAGGGAUCUUUAUUACAGCAGAUGCAACGCAUCCACGAAAGGAUAGACCAUAUUGCCUCUCUUCCCUCUCCCUGGAAGGGACUGGAUAUCCAGACAGAGGUCGCAGCAUUGAAAUUCGCAUAUCAUUCCGUCAUGACUGCUAUUUUCUAUCUAUUCGAAACACACGAUGCACCACGAAAGCCUUAUCUCCAGUCUGCACGACAAGAACUAUCAGCUCUGGUGGCGAUGUGUCUUUCUGCUGAGAAGCAGAGCGUUGUUGCGUUCCUACAUUGGACCAUCCUCUUCUACCCCCUAACCGCAUACUUUGUCCUCUUCUGCAACGUCGUCGCCACCUCCGACACAGCCGACUUUAACCUCAUGAAAGCCAUCGCGGACUGUCUCAACCACGGCGGAACAGUCAGUCGGCCCAUUGCCCAGUUGCGAGUGUUAUUCCAGAAAUUUCUCUCCCUUUCGUCGGGGUUCUUCGAGAGAGAGUCGGGUGGAGAUCAGACUGUUCAAGUCCAGGUGCAGCAUCCGUCUUAUCCGGUGGAAAGUCCAUUUCUCUUACCCUGGGGGGAGAAUGGUACUGCUUUCAACCAGAGCAUGCUGGGGGUGGAUGGGUAUGAAGGGUUUAAUGUGCAAGAGACAUGGCCGUUUUUGGCGUUUAAUGAUUCGGUGUCAUUUUUGGAUGGUGAUGUUAAUUGA